AUGCAUAUCCAAGAUAUCACUGUUUUUAGCUACAAAGCCAACUACCGAUACGGUACAUACUCCAUUUCUAAUGGCCGUUUAGCCAAGGGACAAAAGUCCAUCGUCGCCAGGAUCCGUUCCAAUGACGGUUUCGAGGGCUGGGCCGAAACUGCACCUCUCGGCAGUGAGCUAGCAGCAUUACAGGAGCUUGGCCCCCAAAUCAUAGGCCUGGACCCAAGGUCACCUGCAGUAGUCGCCGAUGUUAUGGAUCGGGCCAUGAUGGGAGCUUAUGCUGCAAAGGCUGUCAUCGACAUGGCCUGCUGGGAUAUUCUAGGAAAGUCUCUCGGGUUGUCGACCGCAAUUCUGCUUGGCGGAUGUCUUACUGAGAGACCCAGGGCUUUUUCCGUCAUUGGCAUCCUAGACAUAGAUGCCGCUGUCACUCAGGUCAAAGAGGAGCUUAAAAAGGGCGCGACAACAAUGCAGCUCAAGGCUGGAGACGACCCCCUUGUUGAUGCGCAGCGCGUUAAAGCCAUUCGAGCUGCUCUACCCCGCAAUGUCUUACUUUGGGUUGAUGCCAAUGGCGGCUGGACUUUGGACGAGGGUCUAACCUUUGCACGCGCUAUCGGGCAAGACAUUACUGUUGGAUUCGAGCAGCCCUGGCGUACGCUAUCUGACUGCGCGGAGCUCGGUCGUCGCACAGGCCUACCUGUUAUUCUCGACGAGAGUAUCGUCACCGUGGUAGAUCUUUUUGAGGCGUAUGUAGCAGGUAUCACGGGUGUUAAUAUCAAGCCGUCACGAGUCAGUGGACUUACGAAAGUCCGACUGAUUCGCGAUGCGACUGUUGCGCUCGACAUGUUCAUCAACUGCGAUGAUACAUGGGGUUCUGCUUUAACGACAGUUCAGAACGUUCUUUUGGCUACUACUACACUAAGUCAUCGUUUGCGCGCUGUGGACUUGUUCGCUGAAUGGACGGAACCGCUGAUUGCUGAUGUUCCCCGAAUGGAAUCAGAUGGUCGUAUUACUCCCAGCACUGAGCCUGGAAAUGGUUACACAACCAUCUUUACUGAUAUGCUCGGUGAGCCAUUGUUCCAGAUUACAUCUUAG